GCCUCAAGAAGAGCGAGCUCGCUGACUGACGAGGACCUUGCUGCUUGCCUCUUCUGUGCCGUUGUCGACUAACCAACUCCGGCCGAACCUCACUCGCUCACAUAGUGUAGGAUUUACCUACCUCCAUCCCUAGCAAAGGCCGUUAUGACUCGCUCAGCUCCCUGAUCUACUAGUGUGGAAUCCGAAUACAUGUCUGCUGCGCCGACUCGGCCAGGGACUUUGCAGCUCUCGCCAGCAAUGUCUCGGAAACCAACCGUCUCAGCCCUGUCAUGCUAUAUCCUCCAAUCGCAGCUCCCAAAGACGGGCACGGGUAGAAUACCAGUGCAAUUUGGUCGGCGGCCGCAACGUAUACAGAUAUACUAUCGCAAUAAGGGUACUACGCUUUAAUUAGAC